AUGGCGGGACAGAAGCGACCCUACUACAACGACUACGGGGCCUACAGAGCGCCCCGAACCCUUCCAAACGGAGGUCAUGUGUCAUCGCAAGCUUCAUCGCAGUCGCGUCCAUCCAAGUCAGCGCGUACCAGCUACAAUUCUCAGCCCGCGCACGCAGCACCUGGCUCUUCCCAGUACGAUCCUUUUGUCAUUGACGACGAAGAUGACCAAGACGAUGGAUCGCAAGAGGUACAGGACUCUAGCCAGAGCUUUGGCGAGAUAGAGAGCUACGUCCUGUAUGGCGUCAUUAGCACGAAAAUCGUGGGCGUCAGGUUCUACAGUGGGCACGCGACUUUGGGAGAAAUCGCCAUUCCUCGCCGCGAGCCAAACAAUCAGUAUGAUCGCAAUGCGAUCCAAGUGCUUAACGUGAAUCGUGAGCAGAUAGGGCACAUACCGAGAACUCAAGCUGCGAAGCUUGCCCCAUUCAUGGACCGCCAUAGCUUGAUUAUCGAAGCUACAAUUUCCGGACGCAAGGAAUACUAUGAAUGCCCCCUCAUGCUUCGCAUCUACGGUCCUAGUGACCCCAACACCCGCCAGAUGCUUAUUGAUAACAUGAGAAGUGCCGGCCUUCCUACCUCAAGUUGGAAGGAUGUGACACAACUACAGAAAAAGGAGACGCAGCGACAGAAAGAGAGACAGAAGAUCGCUGCGCAGGCCGCCAAAAGGGCGAAGAAGCAGGGUGGUGCCGUUGUGGUCAUCGGUGGAGGUCAACAAUACGGAGGCGGACUCGCAGAAUAUGCAGCUGGGUCUUCGCAGGGUGUCGAGCCAGGACCAACUUUGGAAGACAUUAUCGGGGGUAGCGAGAGAUUUAAUCCCAGGAACGCUGAGCAGUUCGUGGAGGAAUUCGGCAUUAAAGAAUCGGAUCUAGCCGCAAUGCCGAAGGCUGCUCAACCCAAAGCUCUUUCCACUGAGCUACACGACUUCCAACUCCAAGGCCUGCAUUGGCUGCUCGAGAAGGAGAGUCCUAAGCUACCCGCAGAGGGCACCAAGGAUGUUGUACAGCUGUGGCAACCACAUUCAACAAUACGCGGUGCUUUCACCAAUCUUGCAACUAAUUUCUCAGUCACCAAACCAGUUCUAGCCAGUGGCGGUAUCCUGGCUGAUGACAUGGGCUUAGGAAAGACUAUUCAAAUCAUCUCCCUGAUCAUGGCUGACCGCCAGCUUGGGCGUCGAGCAACAGAUGUAUGUAACGCAACGCUCAUCCUUGCACCUGUCAGUGUGAUGAGCAAUUGGAGCACACAGAUCAAGAAGCAUAUCAAAGAGGAACAUGCUCUUCGCGUCAUGUUCUACCAUGGUAACCGGAAAGAGCCCAUCACGCCCAAGUCGAUUGGAAACUUCGACGUAGUCAUCAGCACUUACGAUAGCGUGUCAUCGGAGUGGCAUUCCCAGAAGUCCACCACAGUUCCUCGAAAAUCAGGCGUAUUCUCCGUCAAAUGGCGCAGGGUCAUCCUCGACGAAGGCCAUAAUAUUAGGAAUCCAAAGGCGAAGAAGACAGUCGCGGCGACCAAUCUCAUGGCUCAGUCACGGUGGGCAUUAACAGGUACACCUAUCAUCAACAAUCUCAAGGACUUAUUCUCCUUGGUCCGUUUCCUAGGUCUCUCUGGUGGUUUGGACAGUUUGGAAAUUUUCCAUGCCGCUAUCAUGCGUCCGGUCAUGGCAGGAGACGCUUGUGGAAGCCGGGCGCUCCAGAUGCUCAUGGCGGGUAUUUGUCUCCGUCGCAAGAAGGGAAUGUCGUUCAUUGACCUGCGUUUACCCGACCUUGCAGAGUACGUUCACAAGGUCACUCUCCUACCCCAUGAGCAGGAGAAGUACGACGCUUUCGAAGCCCAAGCGAAGGGUACACUCGAUCUAUACCGCAAGAAAGCGGGGGGCAGAGACGCAUCAGAUACUUACCGUCACCUGCUCGAAGUUCUCCUCCGCAUGCGCCAGCUCUGCAAUCACUGGAAGAUGAUCAGCGAAGAACGCAUCGACUCCAUCAUGAAGCAGCUGGAGGCCGAAGGCAUCGUCGACCUCACCGAGGAGAACAAAUCCGCCCUCCAAAACAUACUCCAGCUCUCCAUCGACUCCCAAGAAGACUGUCCCAUCUGCCUAGACUCCUACAAAGACCCCAUCAUCACGAAAUGCGCGCACAUCUUCUGCACCGCCUGCAUCGAGCGCGUCAUAGAGACCCAGCACAAGUGCCCCAUGUGUCGCGCAGAGCUCGACACCCUCGCCACCACGACCGUGAAGCCCGCAAAAGACCUAGCCGCCCCUCUACCCCCAACGCAGGAACAACUCGCAGACAAAGAUUCCCUUGAGAACAACGCAUCCAGCAAAGUAAACGCAUUAAUGAGCAUCCUCAAAGCUAGCGCACAGGACACCACAAACAAAACGAUUGUCUUCAGCCAGUGGACUACCUUCCUCACCCUCCUGGAACCACACCUCCGCGCUGCCGGCAUGACCUACACCCGAAUCGACGGGAGCAUGCCCGCCACCGCGCGCGACGCCGCCCUCGACACCUUCGAUACCUCCCCUACCUGCACUAUCAUGCUCGCUUCGCUCUCCGUCUGCUCCGUCGGCCUGAAUCUCAUUGCAGCAAAUCAAGUCAUUCUCUCGGACAGCUGGUGGGCGCCUGCGAUAGAGGACCAGGCUGUCGACCGCGUGCACCGGCUGGGGCAGAAGCGGGAGACGAAGGUUUUCAGGCUGGUGGUCGAGGGCAGUAUCGAGGAGCGCGUGCUGGGGAUCCAGGAGGAUAAGAGGAAGUUGAUGGGGUUGGCAUUUGCGGAGAAGGAGGGCGGGAAGAGGAGGAGAGCGGCGGGGGUUGCGGAUUUGGAGAGGUUGUUGGGGACACAGCCGAGGAGACGGUAG